AUGGCACCCUCAUCGAAGCAGACAGAAAGGUCGCCACUCCUCGUAACUGUGACCGAGACCGAUGACCCCGAGCGCAAUGCAAAUGAUGCCAUCCAAGAGAGCCGUGAGAGCUCCCAGGGCGAGAAGAGGACGCCAAACAUGCUAAUCAUCUUUCCCGCCAUCACCAUAGGUAUCUUCCUCGCCGCGGCAGACAGCACAAUUGCCCUAGUCAGCUACGCGACCAUCUCAAGCGAGCUAGACGCUCUGAAUCUGGCAUCAUGGAUCAUGACGGCCUACGCCCUCACGCUCGCCUCAAUCCAGCCGCUCUACGGCAAGCUGUGCGACAUCUUCGGCCGGAAAGAGUGCCUCCUGGCCGCAUACGUGCUCUUCGCCCUCGGGUGCCUCGUCUGCGGCUUCGCACGCUCGAUUGAAGAGCUGAUUGCCGCCCGCGUGCUCCAGGCAGCGGGGGGUGCCGGCCUGGGCACCGUCGUCUCCAUCCUGCUGACCGGCCUGGUGCCGCUCGAGGACCGCGGCGUCUGGCAGGCCGUCGUGAGCGUGGUGUACUCGCUCGGGGCGGGCCUGGGCGCCCCUCUCGGCGGACUGCUGACCGCGUCCGUGGGCUGGCGAUGGGCGUUUUUCGGGCAGGUUCCCCUCUGUGUGAUUGCCAUCGCGGUGAUUAGCGUCUGCCUAGAUGGCGACAUUGGCCGUCCCGUGGACUCGGGGGAGAGGGGUGCCGAGAACAUGCUGGCGAAGCUGAGAAGGGUCGAUUUUCUCGGCUCUGUCAGCCUUAUCAUCAUGAUUGCGUCCUUCAUGUUUGGGCUUGAUCGGGGAAGCAACGUCUCGUGGGCCGUGCCGGAGACGUAUGGGUCGUUUCUCCUCUCGGGUCUCGCAGCCCUCUGGUUCUUCUAUGUUGAGAUGCGCGUCGCUCGGGAGCCGAUUCUGCCCAUCGCAUCGACGUUCAGCGCCGAGCUCCUCCCCAUUUACUCGUCGGCCUUCCUUGUCUUCUUUGCCAUUGUCGCGCUGGACUUCGUGCUGCCGCUGUACUACCAGGUCAAGGACCAGCUUGGCCCUCAGCAAGCGUCGCUCUACAUGCUGCCGGCCAUUGUGGGAGGCGUCGUGAGCUCCGUGCUGACUGGUUUCUGGAUGAGGCACACGGGGCAGUACUACUGGGCGCUGAUGCUCGUCUCAGUGCUGCAGAUCACCGGAGGCAUUUUCGCCUAUCUUUGGUCCGGGCCUGCCGGCGAGUCUACAACAGGUUUAAUCAUCGCUCAAGCUGUGGCCGAGUUUGGCAUAGGGAACUCGGUCGUUUCUGGGCUCAUUGCUCUCAGUAAGUUGGAUAAAUCCCGGUCAAAUCUAGAUUUCAAGACAGAGGGCACCACUUCUAACAAAUUUGCAGUAUCUAAUGGCCCAUCUACUAAUAUUGCCGUCAUGACUGCCAUGUACUUUGCCUUCCGGAACCUUGGAUCGGUUCUAGGCGUCUCAGUCGUGUCCACAGUCAUCCAGCAGACCCUCCGCGACAUCUUGACCGUGGAGCUCCAAAAGUACGACAAUCUCGACGUAGGUAAGAUUGUGGACGAGGUGAGGAAGAGCCUCGAGUCGCUCCAGACUCUAGACCCCGAGGUUGCGGCUCUUGUCCGGCGCAGCUACGGGCAGGCAAUGAACAAGGGAUUUCUGCUGAUACUUGUCGUCUCUGUUGCCGCAGCGAUCCCUGCAUUGAAAAUACGGGGCGGGAAGAAGAGGAGGAGCCCUUGA